UUUACACAAUUUUCUUGUAAAAAUGACAUUGUUUGAUGUAAUAUCAAACACUUUCGUCUCUGUUUAUGCAUUUUCGUGACACGAAUAGAAAUUAAUGUUUGUCUGCGUAUCUAGAAGAUCCACAUACAAGUUUUUAUGCAAUUUAGUCAACUAAGUAGACCCCGAGUCAGGGUGAUGUACAGCAACCUCUACGUGAGAGUACAAGCUUGAGUACAGGAUUACCGGAAACUCAAGUAACACACCACGGCUAUCCAUGCUGGAGGAUCAUGGUCAUCUGUGCAGCGAGUCGUCAUCUGCUGAGGGGGCGCCAUGUGUGUGGCACUUGGGCCAGGAUGUGGCAAAGGCAAUCGAGUGGCAGAGUUUACACGGAACUGGACUUCGACCAAGAGGAAAUGAAGGAAAAACUGCUGGGCUUUCCUGGAGGCACCAUUGAGCUUAACAAACAAGAGUCUGGCAUUGCUGUCCUUACGAUCAACAAUCCUUCCCGCAUGAACGCCUUCACCGGCACCAUGAUGGUCCAGCUCGAGGAAAAGGUCAGUCAACUGGAGCAGUGGGUAGAUGGAAAAGGCCUCAUACUCCAGGGUGCUGCGGGAACUUUCUGUUCUGGAUCAGACCUCGUUGCUGUCAAAGCCAUAACAAAACCUCAAGAUGGCAUGAAGAUGUGUAUGUUUAUGCAGAAUGCUCUUACAAGACUACUCAGGCUGCCUCUGAUCUCUGUUGCUCUAGUGGAGGGGAGAGCUCUCGGCGGAGGCGCAGAACUUGCUACUGCCUGUGAUUUCAGAUUAAUGGCACCAGGCAGUCUGAUCCAGUUUGUCCACAAACACAUGGGUGUGGUCCCAGGCUGGGGUGGAGCUGCUCGACUGAUCCAUCUAAUUGGAAGCCAAAAUUCCCUGAAGUUGCUCAGUGGUGCGUCAAAAGUGAACCCUGAAUUUGGACUCCAGAUACACCUGGCAGAUGGAGUUCUUCAAGACCCUCAGGUAGAGGAAGGUGUGGGGACUGUCAUGCAACAGGCUGAAAAAUGGCUCAGGCACUACACUCAGGGGCCACCGCCAGUCAUUCAGGCGAUGAAAAAGGUAGUGUUGUCAGGGAGAGAGCUCCCUCUCGUGGAGGCUCUGAGGACUGAGAAGGAGGUGUUUGGGACUGUUUGGGGUGGUCCAGCCAACCUCCAGGCAUUAACCAGCAAGUCUAAAUACAAAUGAGCACGUCAUACUGACCAAAUUUAUGACUUGCAUCAUUGCAUUUAACCAGAUGGUGGAAACCCUGCUGGUCAAAGUUGGAAUAAAACCUUGCUGCUGUGGGUUUUAACGAUUGUGAUGACCUUAAUCUGCAGAAUAUGUCAAGGAUAAAAAUUGAUUUACCAUUUUGUAAAACACCACUCAUUUUCAUAUUGUGAUUUAAUGAUUAUAGUUUUAAGAAAGUGGAUUUUCCAGUCUUCAGAUCAGGUGUCAUUUGAUAGCUGACCCCGAUACUGUUCCCAGUUUGUUGUUGUUAAUAAUACGGUUUAGUAGGGUAUCACCUCCAUGAUGGUCAUUGAAAUACUGGAUAAACAAGUUUUGUGACUGUUUCAUUUUUCUUGUCUCUGCUCAACCGUGAACUGUUUUGUUUUUCUUAAAGACAGACCACAAUUAAGCGGGCAGAUAAAUGUGAAAUGCAAUGUUGUCUUUUUGUAACCUCAUGUAAUACUCCAAAUGGUCAAAGAGAGGUUAUAGCACCAUGUUGUUGUGGCAUAGGCAUCCAAACCAAAAUCUUAUGUUUUACAUUUGCCAAUGUAUCUCCAUUUAAAGACUUGGGCUUGAAAUGAAAUUUACAAAAGGCUCAUAUUUUGAGCUAUGUGAAAUGCUGUUUUUUUCCCUCUGGUUGAUAAACUUUCAGGUGGAAAUAGUCUGCAGUCGCUGUAGCAAAUAAGGGAAAUGUGGCGCAGCAUUUUGGGACUGUUCAUAAAAUCUAUGACACUGUCUGAAGCAACUAAAAUCCUAGUUGUUCGGACAGCAGUCAUUUUUCUCAAAGCUAACUUCAAAAGCAAAGGCAGCCACUGAAGCUUUGUUCUGAGUGAGUCACUUAAUCAUUAUGAAAAAGAACUCCUUCCAAGAUGAUAAAAGAGGCAUUCCUUGAAGCAGAUGACUCCUUGUUCCAAGACUUUAAAUCUAAUCUCUGAUCUUCAAUCGGGUCUCCGGGUAUCAAGAACUAUCGGUAUAUGACACCGUGAAGUCAUGGCCGAGGAUUUGACAAGCAACUUUGGAAGGACAUCGCAAACUGUGAGUGCUUCUCACUGCAGGUGGAUGAGUCGACAGACGUGACACACCCAGUUGUGCAUUUGUAUUUGGAUGGUGGUGUUAUGGUUGACAUGAUGGCGUAGCUGUAAAGAAUUGGCCUCGCACUUCCGAGCUGCAGGGUUCAAUCCUGGCCCUACCUGUGUGGAGUUUGCAUGUUCUCCCUGUGCCUGCGUGGGUUUCCUCCGGGCACACCAGUUUUCUCCCACAUCCCAUAAACAUGCAUUAAUUGGAGACUAACUUUCCCUUAGGUGUGAUUGUGACUGUGGCUCUGAGUCUUGUGA